CGUUUUCUUGCUUUUAUCACCCUUUCUAAUCCAUAAUACAAAAAUAAUGACUAUCAGAACGGCUGGAUAUUCUAUUAAUGAGGACAUACAAUUAUGUCAAAUUUAUAUAGAAAUUUGUCAAAAUGUACAACAAAAGGGAGAUCAUUUUUGGGGGAGGGUGGAAGAAAGUUAUAAUAAUGCAAAGGAGGAUUCGUGGGAAUAUCGCAAUAAAAGAUCUGUCCAUUGUCGAAUUCAACUCAUUGAGAGAGCCAUUAGAAAAUUAAAUGGUUGUAUUACACAAGUGGAAAAUAUUCAGCAAGCAAAAAGUUUAUUCCGACAAGAUCCAAAUUAUAAGAAAGGCUUUAAAUUUGAUCAUGUAUGGGAAAUGAUGAAGGAUUUUGAAAAAUUUAAAGAUAAAAAAGUUCGAAAUCAAGGCUCUUUUUUUAUAUCAUCGGAGUCUGAGACUCCUGCUCCUGAUUCACCUAUAAUAUUAUCUCUUAAUUUAUCAACUUUUUCAUUACAUUUAAAUGAGGAUAUUACAGGUAAUUCUACAUUAUCACAACGACUUAGUGGGGUGAAAAAAGUCAAAAUGAAGAAAAAAGUUGAUGAUGGUUUUUUAUUUGCUUCAAAAAGUAUCGGAUUACAAAAUGAUCGGCUUGUUGAGAUGUUGGUAAAUGCAAAUUCAGAGAAGAAGUUAGACAGGGAGUUGAAAGAUAGAGCUUUAAAAUUAAAAGAAUAUAAAGAAGAAAAUAAAAUUAUAUUUAUGAAUUUGAAUGAUAUUGCUGACCCAAAUGUUUGUGAAUUUGUUCGGCAAGAACAAAUUCGAAUAAUGGAAAAAAGAAAUCAACAAUUUCAGCAGCCGCAACGAUAGAUAUAACAAUUUUUGGCUCCAUACAAUCCAUAUUUUAAUAAUAUU